UGUUUAUCUUCCACCCCAGGUUCUGCUGGUGUAGUGCACAGGAAGCUGCUCUUCUGCUUUCGUGUUUCUGCGGUUUUUGUCUGUUACAUGGUGUGACACACUCCUCUCCUUCCUCUCACAAGACGCAGCCUUCUGUGCUCUCCUCAGCUCUCAGUCGACUAGUGUAGAGAAAAAGUGAGACGCUGAGAUACCGGUGGGUCUUUUUCUUAGAGCCGAACAGGCUCCAACAAGGCUUGCUACCUAAUUCUCAAAGGUACUUGUAAAACAGAGAGUGACAGGCCGAUGAGAGGACAAACAUGAGGACAAACUACCUUAUUUCACCACCCACCCUGUCCUCAGGACCAAGGCGGACGAAGUAGGCCAGUGGCUUGAUGUUCUUCUCACUGAAGACCUAAAGACUUGGUUCGCUUUAGGCCUGCUCGUUCUGUCCACUUUUAUUCACUCUGUUUCGGAGUACACCGAUUUCUACGGAGAAGGGGUUCGUGUAAAGCUUUCCCCCUGGAUUACUUGUGGAGAUUAGUGAUGGGGAAUGCGGCCGCGGGGGGCUCGGAGCAGGAGCCGGCUGAGGGCCGCGAGGCCAGGAACUCGGUCGGGGCUGUUUCAGGUAUGAGUGACCCCACACCAACCUUACAGAAGAAGCAGCCAGCUCCCCCCAAACUGCCCAUGCCCCCAGAGGAGGAGCUGGAGGAGCGCUUCAACGUGGUGCUGAGCUACAUGAACUUGCCUCCAGAUAAACUGAAGCUACUGAGUCAAUAUGACAACGAGAAGAAGUGGGAAUUAGUCUGUGAUCAGGAGCGUUUCCAGGUGAAGAGUCCGCCAUCCACCUACCUGGCCAAGAUCAAGAGCUUCUACCAGGAUCAAGGAGGGGUGUCUCGCAGGCUGAAGAAAAGGAUCCAAGAUGCGACUCAGGUCCUUAAAGAUUUGGAGAUAUCACUUCGCACAAAUCACAUUGGAUGGGCCCAAGAUUUUCUCAGUGAGCCUAAUAAUGGUUUGGAUGUUCUGGUGGAAUACCUGUCCCAUGCGCAAAGUGACGCCUCGUUUGAUGUGGAGAGCGUUGAAAACGGUGGCAUGCUGUCAGACAGAGGAAAGCCAGCAGAGAGGUCGAUGGAAGAUUUGACCAAGAGCUCCAGCAGCUCUCAUUCACAUGGGAUGACCAGAGCUGCUCGUGCACUGACUGUAAGAAUAAGCUCCACUCUGGGGAACAAAAUGCAUAGAAAGUCGCAUACAUCCAGCCAGAGAGAUGAUGUACAUGUGUGCAUAAUGUGCCUGCGUGCCAUCAUGAACUACCAGUCUGGUUUUAACCAGGUGAUGAGUCACCCGCGCUGUGUGAACGAGAUCACCCUCAGUCUCAACAGCAGGAAUCCCAGGACCAAAGCCCUCGUGUUGGAGCUGCUGGCUGCCGUGUGUCUCGUCAGAGGAGGACAUGACAUAAUUCUCUCUGCUUUUGACAACUUCAAAGAGGUGAGCAAAGAAAAGAACCGCUUUGAGAAGCUGAUGGAGUACUUCAUCAUUGAUGACAGCAACAUUGACUUCAUGGUAGCUUGCAUGCAGUUCAUAAACAUUGUGGUCCAUUCGGUGGAGAACAUGAACUUCCGUGUCCACCUACAGUACGAGUUCACCCACCUUGGAUUGGACAAGUAUCUAGAGCGUCUGAAGCAAACAGAGAGUGAGAAGCUGCAGGUCCAGAUCCAGGCCUAUCUGGACAACGUGUUGGAUGUAGGAGCCCUGCUGGAGGAUGCUGAGAACAGAGGAGGGGUGCUGGAGCAUGUGGACGAACUGCAGGAACACAACGUGCAGCUGAGUGCCCGGCUUCAGGAGAUUGAGAAUCAGACGACAGGGCGAAUAUCUGAGCUGGAGACUCAGCUCAUGCAGGCAACCAAGGAGACCGAGCUGCUCAAAGAAGGCCUGCGAGAGUCCUGUUCCCAGGUCAGUGCUUUGCAGCAGAGAGAAAGAGAGCGGGAGCUGGACAGGGAGAGGGAGAAGGACAGGGAGCGCCUGAGCACCUCUGUCCCUCAGACUCCCUCGGAGCUGGAGCAGAAGAUCCAGGAGCUGAAGGACAAGGGGCUGAUCCGACUGGGGCGGAGUGCUUCGGGAGGUCUGGACAUCCAAGUUGUGCCUGUCACAGUGGUCGAAUACGUCCAGGUUCCGGCCCCGGACCCAGCUUCAGCCUCAGCCACACAGCCCAGCACUCUGAGCGCUGUUGAUUCAGCCUCCCCAGCUUCCAGCCUGCCUGCCUCUGCCCCUCCACCACCUCCUCCCCCUCCCCUUCCUUGUGGUCCAGGGCAGAUUGCCUCUCCCCUAAAUAUUGUGCCUCCACCGGCACCUCCUCCUCCUCCUCUCCUACCUGGUGCUGGACCCCCACCUCCUCCUCCUCCUCCUCCUCUCCUACCUGGUGCUGGACCCCCACCUCCUCCUCCUCCACCUCCCCCUCCUGGUGCUGGACCCCCACCUCCUCCUCCCCCACCUGGUGCUGGAUCCCCACCUCCACCCCCCCCACCUGGUGCUGGACCCCCGCCCCCUCCCGGAUGUCCAAACACUCAAUCUGGGCUUAAGGGCAAGAAGCCCAUCCAGACCAAGUUCAGGAUGCCGUUGUUAAACUGGCAGGCGUUAAAACCAAACCAAGUUACAGGCACCGUCUUCAACGAGUUAGAUGACGAGCAAGUCUUAGGGGAGCUGAACAUGGAGAUGUUUGAGGAGCAGUUCAAGACUAGAGCUCAGGGUAAUCCGGCAGACCUGUCCAGUGUUACCAAGAAAAUGGUCCAGAAAGCCCCCAGUAAGACAUCCUUGAUUGACGCCAAUAAGGCCAAGAAUUUGGCCAUCACCCUACGCAAGGGAGGAAUGAAUCCAUCUCUCAUCUGCACCGCCAUAGAGACGUAUGACCAGCAGUCUUUGUCCAUAGACUUCCUGGAAUUGCUCGAGCCCUUCAUACCAUCACAGUUUGAGAUGAAGCUGCUGGUUAACUACGAGAAGGACGGCCGCCCGCUGGACGAGCUGAGCAACGAGGACCAAUUUAUGUUACGCUUUGGGAAGAUUCCUCGUCUGACCCAGCGAAUAAACACUCUCACUUUCAUGGGCAACUUCCCAGACACCGUCAAACGCCUGCAGCCGCAACUGAACUCCAUCAUUGCUGCGUCCAUGUCCAUCAAGUCUUCAGUCAAACUGAAAAAGAUUUUAGAAAUUGUUCUCGCUUUCGGUAACUAUAUGAACAGCAGUAAGAGAGGUGCAGCGUACGGUUUUCGGCUGCAGAGUCUGGACCUUCUGUUGGAGACCAAGUCGACUGACCGCUCACAGACGCUGCUUCAUUUCAUCACCAAUAUCAUCCAGGAAAAAUACCCCGACCUGGCCAACUUCCACACUGAGCUACACUUUGUGGACAAGGCAGCACUUGUAUCCCUGGACGGCAUUCUUCAGGAUAUCCGCUCAUUAGAGCGAGGAAUGGAGAUGACCAAAAAGGAGUUCCUGGUGCAGGAUGACAGCCCGGUGUUGAAGGAAUUCAUCAAAACAAACAGUGAGCAGCUGGAAUCUUUGAUCAAAGACAGCAAGACCGCACAGGAGGCUUACGGUUCUUUGGUGGAGUAUUUCGGAGAGAAUCCCAAAACAACGCAGCCUUCCGCGUUUUUCCCGCUGUUCGGACGCUUCAUAAAGGCCUACAAGACGGCACAGCAACAGAUUCAGCAGAAAAAGAAAAUGGAGAGUGAGAGCAGUGAGGAAAAACAGUCGUCAUCUCCCAACAAAGCUGGGGUACAAAAGGGGCCCAUGAUGAACAAGAUGCCCCAGAUGGACCUGAUCGCAGAGCUGAAAAAGAGGCAGGUGAAACCGCAGGUACGCGAAGGGAAGGAUGGCGCUCUGGAGGAUAUCAUCACAGAUUUGAGAAACACACCAUACAGGCGGACAGAUGGUCGAUGGUCAGCGCAGCGCCAGGACACUUGAGAUACUUCUGGUCCAAGACUUUUUUUUUUUUCUUUUUUUUUUACAAAUGUGACUGGAAUCACAACCAAGCAUACAGACAAGGAAUCUUUAAAGUGUUCUGUAUAUACAUUAUAUCGCAAUAUAUAAUUAGCCAUAUGGGACUUUGUAUUUUUGCCAACAUUUUAGUGUGAAUUUGUUCUGUAAAUAGAGUCAGGGUGGAACUAUUUGAUAUCUUUAAUGCAAUACUUCACAAAUUUGAUUACAAAUCUAGCUAAAAAAAAACCCCAAAAUAAUUAUUUCUGUGGCACCUUAUGUCUACCUAAAAAAAAAAAAAAAAAGUUGGCUUUAUUUUAAAAUAAACCUAUUUUUUAACCGCUGUUCCUGUAUGUGUAUUUCCUCUACAAAAUCAGAGCUUUGACCUGACAUAUGCAACACCCACAGUUUGUAUUCACAUUUCCUGAUGCUGAAGAAAAAACUUAAAAGCAAGUCAGUAUGAAGCGAGAGCAGACGCCACCACUGUACAAGAGAGCUGCACUUUAUUGGACACACAAUCACAGCAAGUUAUGUACAAAAGAAGGCAGGUUCAACUGCCUGCUGUCUUCUCACAGGAAAAACACACACAUUUCUCACAGAAUAUCAUGGCAUCCACACUGAUAAAUUAGUAUCUCCAGUAUCAGUAGGCUUUUAAAUUUAUAUAUCAUUAUAUUAUAGAUCUAUUUUCUGUAUUAUUUUUGUUCUUAUAUCACACUACUCUACAAAUGGGAGAAUCACUGUGUGGAUAGAGCUCACCAUCACUGGUGACUUCUCUGGUUGGGGUGCGUUCAAGCUCUCUGACUCCUUCUAGACAUUCAACACUCUCGGCCACUAUCGUCACCCUCGUCACCACGUAACAUCACAGUAAGACUGAACAUGCCUUUGUCACAGAUACCAGAAAAAUGUCUCAAUCUUCACGUUUGUAAACCUCUAACAUAGAACCGCUUUCUCUUCCUCUCUCUUUCUCAUUUUUUUGAGAAAACAUGUAGACAACAUUUUUUCGACUGCACCGUGCGAUUGCUUGAGACUAUACAUGCAUUGUUUUGUAAA